CCACCAGAAUCUGAUAGAAACAGACUCGAAUCACUUCUAAAACAAUGAAAUCCAUGAUCGCAAUCGUUCUUUUCGCCCUCGUGGCCACAUCCCUCGCCGGAUACCUUGGAGGUUAUGGUGGUUAUGGUCUGGGAUACGGAGGAUAUGGAGCAUACGGAUUUGGAGGAUUCCCUGUAGGAAGAGCCGUAGCUUACAGCAGCAGCAUCCGUCACCCAGGAUACGGAUAUGGUCUCGGAUACGGAGGAUAUGGUCUCGGAUACGGUUUGGGAUACGGAGGAUAUGGUCUCGGAUACGGAGGCUAUGGUCUCGGAUAUGGCUUGGGUCACUAUGGUGGCUUUGGAAAAUUCCAUUAA